GGAUCUUGCUCGCCUGCCCCGUUUCUCAGCACCCUCUCUGUGAAAUUAGCGAAUACUGCAGCAAGAAGUGUGUGUGUGCGUUUGUGUGUGUCACGAUCAAGAGGAAGAGCAAGCGGGGAUUAAUAUUUAUAAAAACCUCUCAUCUGGCUGGUGACAGAGAUGGCUGCCAUUCGGAAGAAGCUUGUGAUCGUCGGGGAUGGAGCUUGUGGGAAAACAUGUCUUCUCAUUGUCUUCAGUAAAGACCAGUUUCCUGAAGUCUACGUUCCAACAGUGUUUGAGAACUAUAUCGCUGAUAUUGAGGUUGAUGGAAAGCAGGUGGAGUUGGCACUGUGGGAUACUGCAGGCCAAGAGGACUACGACAGGUUGAGGCCUCUCUCCUACCCUGACACAGAUGUUAUCCUCAUGUGCUUCUCCAUCGACAGCCCAGACAGUUUAGAAAAUAUCCCAGAGAAGUGGACGCCUGAGGUGAAGCACUUCUGUCCCAAUGUUCCCAUCAUUCUGGUGGGGAACAAGAAGGACCUGAGGAAUGAUGAGCACACACGGAGAGAGCUGGCCAAGAUGAAGCAGGAGCCGGUGAAGGCAGAAGAAGGCAGAGACAUGGCCAACAGGAUCAGUGCUUUUGGCUACUUGGAGUGCUCUGCCAAGACCAAGGACGGCGUGCGCGAAGUGUUCGAGAUGGCCACUAGAGCGGCGCUGCAGGUCCGCAAGCGCAAGAAGAGAAGCGGCUGCACGCUGCUGUGAGCAGCUUAGACGCCAUAAAAUCCACUGACCAAUAGGAGAAAAACAAAAUACACAAAAAAGGACUGACCUUUUACCAAAUGGCAUCUUUGUACUGUAUCUCGCAUUUCACGAUAACAGGCAGGCAGAUCAAUCGAACACAAACAAACCUAAUACAGGAAAUGGACUUUGUCUAUAUUACAGCUCUGUUAAAAAAUUGAUGUUUAACGUUCAUUGUUGAUUUGCUUUUUUCCCCACAGAAUCUCUCUUUACACAGAAUGUUUUCCUCUUUGUUUUUCUUUAUAUUUGUAAUGUAAUGAGGCAGUAAAAGAUGCACAUAUUUGUAUGCAAUAUUGUUCUUCAUGAGCUUGGGCGAGCAGUAUCCUUCUUAGCUUGUAUAAAGACUUAAUGAGUAAGGUCUUGUCUGACUAUCCUGUUAGUAUCGGUUUUGUUUAUCAUGGUAGCAGUCGCAGUAUAGAAUGAAAGUUGAUAUAUUUUGACUAGAUCUAGCUAGCUAAGAGCUAGUGCCUUUUGUUUAGUUUUAGACACCAGCGUCUAUUUCUCGUGAUUGUCAGCAAGCUAACAUUUCAGCUGAGGGGUUUCCCAUUGUACUGUAGCUGAUUUUACACAGCGUUGUCAUUGUGACACCAGAGCAAUGCCGUAACUAAGGCUUUCAGUGCUGUUGACAACUGGUUGCUUGUGUCCUUUUUAUUGGCAUGAAACAUCAUUGUACCCUCAACAUUUGCCAUACUCACUACAGUUAGCUGAAGACGGUAGCUGCCUUUGUAAUGUGAUAAAUGUGGCCAAUAAAGGAGGGAGGGAGUAUAAAAUCUGAUUAUUUAAAGGCAUCCCUCACAACAUAACUCAAAUAUGUGCAAGGGACUAAGAUGGGCAGAUUAGAACUGGCCAAUCAAGACACAAGCCAAUAUAACUCAACUAUGCACAAAGGCUGUUAGGACCAACAGGGUAAACCUGGUAAAUCCUCCCCUGUUUGUUUGUUUGUUUGUUUGUUGUGAGUGACUUGAGUUCAGCUGUUCUGCUGCAAUGCAAGCGAGCCGGUUACGCCUGCUGUUGGAAUCUGUGGAUUUUACGGGUCAGCCCAGUUGUGGAAAUCAUGUCUUGUCAGAGCUGUUAGCCUUUGCGUGCGGAUGUUUCCAGUCGGGCGACAUUCUUCACGUUUGAGAGAAGCUGAGUUGUGUGUGAGGAGUCUGUAUUCCCCCGGUGCCUUCUCUGUUCUGGUGUGCCUUUCGGUUGUUCUUUCGCAAACCAGAUAGACCAGCUGCUCUAUGCCAACCUGAUACUGACUGACAAGAUCAAAGAGUGACCUUUCUGACAUGUCUCACAAAGCUUGGUUCUUUGAAUUGGUUCCAAAAUAGGCUUGAUUACACAUAAUGUUUUGUUAGCCCUCAUAAUACAAAUUGUAACACAUAGUAUCUAUAAAUGCAAUCUUUUAUUUUUCUUGGCAGAUAACUUUACCUGUACAGUAGGUUUGCUUCUAGGAUGAAUCAUGGGGAAAGACAAAACUUUCUCAUAACAUGUUUGACGUAACAUAUUUCCUCAACAUCACUGGGAAAACAUCUGUCGGGAGCAAUAAAGAGUGUCUUUGAGGUUUUAGAGUUGUGUAUUACUGCCAAAAAAGUUGUGGACUGUGGAAAGUUUGGGUUGAUUUGUCAAUGUUUAUACUGAUCUAUGUUGCUAUUGAUGUUGACUGAUUUUAUGUCUUAUGUCAAAGGAGCAUAAGAUCAGCAAGGGUCUACACUGAAUUGUACUUUUAGAGUACAAUUCAGGCGGGACUACAAACAAUUCAGCUUUUGGAGACAUGUCAGAGACUGUCCACUGGUCCCAGUUCUUGCUCACAUGUCCUCUCAGAACACUCAAUUGUGAAUUUGAAUUGAAAAUAUAUUGGCUUGAUAUACAACGCUUGAAAAGGCCCAGUGACUGUCCUCAGGCUCCUAAUGGCAUUCCUUUUCUCUGCCUCAGUUGCUCAUUCGUGUACUGUACAUGUCCCUUGGUUGCAUGUCGCCGUCUGUCUACAGGGUGGAUGCUGAAAUGUGUGUGGCAAAACAAUAUCUUUGAUGUUGCAUGCAACCUUCUUAUAAUGCCAAUAAAGGCAAUAAAACUACCAUCUGGCAGGAUCUGUAUCUAAUAUAUUGUAAUGCAACUUUAUACCCUCUACUGACCAAGCACAUAACGCUUUAGCUGAGUGAUCCAGUGGAGAAGCUAAAACUUAUAGAAACUAGUUGUAUUUUCCACAGCUCAACUGAGGUGGUGUUUUUGUGGAGAGGGGGCAUUGAUUACAAUCACACACAAGCACCAUAUUAAUGUUGUUACCUCAGCUCUUUCUAGGUUGGAUACUAUGUUUUAACUUUGGACUGGCUCUGCUGCCUGGCCGCAUUAUUGUGGACAACAAGCACACUAACAAGGCACGAGUAAAGAGAUUUAGAUCGUUACGACUGAAGAUUUUUAUCAGUGAAAACAUAAGGUUUGAGUUAUGCGUUUCACAGUUGUGGCAUUAUGUUCACGGGUCUCAACAAGCUGAACACCGAGGUCGGCAGAGAUAGUCAGAUAACUUUCACAGCUGGAAGCACAGCGUAACGAUGAAAGCAUUCCCUCAGAGCAGCAGCCCUCUGCUGCCUCUAGUGUUGAACAUAUCACAAAGAGCAUGUACAAUACUGCUGUUAAUGUGUAUGCAGAUAAUGUUGCGCUAAAUCAAAAGUUGUCCUUCUGAUGUUGAUGCAUGCAUGGGAAAACCUUGGGUCUUUAUAUAUACACCCCCCUCCCCCCUUUGGGAACAGCUUAUGCUCAGUGUUGUGUAACCUUUUUUCUUUCUUUUUCUCGAAGUAUUUGAAAUGACAAAAGGAUCCAGAUUUAUAUAAAAGCUCAUUGUAAUAUUGCUUUGUAAACAAAGUGUUGUAGUGAAUGUCUGAUCUGAAGUGAACAUGAACAUUGUUAAUAAACUAUUUUUGAGACGAGA